AUGGCUACAGUAAAUGUCACCAAAGAUAUCAAUAGUACAUCACUUCAGUGUAGGAAUCAAAUUAUAUACACAGGCAGUGUUAAUGAAGAAGUUGAUUUCUCUGUAGAAGAUACUACUCCUGUUACGCAAAUCUUUUUGGAGGCUACAGAUGGAACUCCAAAUAUUACUUUUUUCGUCACUUGGCCAACGGCUACCUGUGCUAAAGUAUAUAAUGGAACUGUUGAAAAAGACGGUAAACUAAGACAACAUUGGUCUGGUCAAAGCACAUUCUUUACGUUUGAUGUUAAGAAGAGUGACAUUAAUGAUGGUGGUAUGUAUACAAUUGCUGUCCAUAGUGUUGGAUAUGAUGGAAUGAGUGUUGGUGUUCCUGCCUCUAGAAAUAUUUCCAUUCACACACCCGAGUUCACUGUUUCUCCUGUUAUUGACUGUAUAAAUAUAAAUCUUUCACUCAUAAUUGAAGAGGAGGAAGACGCCUCUGUUUCUCACCUUGAUGUGGUGUCAUGUGUAAUAUCACUAGCAACUGUUACUCGCUUGUAUAAUAAUACAAGGUCAUGUAUUGGGAGAAAAAUUGAUUUUAAUAUCACAAUUGGCGGUUCAUAUAAUUACAAUGUAACUCUUACAAACCUUUUUGGCUCGUCAUCUAUGCUUAAUGUUGCUGAUACAAAUAUAUGUAUUGAAACGACAGCAUCAACACAGCCUACAGCAACAACUAUUGUGUCUGCAUCUGCUGAUAAUGCUGCAUACAUUGCUACAUCUGUAACUUUUGGGUUUUUAUUUGGAUCACUUCUUGUGUUUAUUGUAUUUGAAAGACUACGCUGUUUCUGUCCUGCUGCGUCUUUCUGGUCUAUUGUAUUUUGUGAUUGCUUAGCCAAAGUGACAAAAAGACUGCCAUUUGAUGGAGAAGAAAUGCUUGAGGAAAAAGAAGCUGAUGUGUUUUCUGAUCUAUAA